AUGCCGUCCAGUCGUUCCGAAUUCCUUGGUUACCUAUACGACGUGAUCCUUUUCGAACUCGCUGAACGAAUGAAUUCCGGAGAAUGCUACCAUGUCGACAUGGACAGCCUGGCGGGCUGUUUUGAGCAUAUCCGAAUAGUGUACCAGGACGACGAUGAUGAUGAGCAGCUGUUGGAGUACCCUUCGGACCGAUAUAUUGCCACGCACGGACUGAACACGGCUGAGUACAUCAAGGAUUAUAUCCUCUCACUUGACGAUGGGUCGUAUGCCUUCUUUCCGUAUGAGGUCGAGGUCUUUGAUGGCGACGAUGACGAGUACGAGGAUCCGUACGGGCACGACUAUGACGAAUACCGCUCGGUGGCGACCAACUAUGGAAACGAUUAUAUUAUGCUGUAUGGGCUUUAUGGGCAUCAGGUGCAGGAGUUUCUGGAGUGGUAUGCCUAUGAGGUCCCACGCCAGUACCACGACGAAAUUGCGGCGCUGAUUCAGGGAUUGCGAGAUGAUUACUGGUGUGAUCGAGGAUCUGGUGGGACUUGUGAGACCCUCCCCAAUGGGAUGAGAGGUGCGACAAAAUUCUCUUGCAACCAUAACGAUAACAAGCGUGACAGAGCCGCCCAACGGCAGAGGGAGAAUGGAGAUGCUGAGCGACGACGACGCGAGCAGGAAGAAGAGGAAGCCCGACAGGAGGCUGAGCGACGGGAGCAGGAACGGAUUAGGCGUGAGGAGCGGGAUCGUCUGGCGAGGGAGCAACGGGAGCAGGAGGCGAGGGAGAAAGCCGUUCGGGAGAGGAACGAUCGUAUCACAAAGUAUAUAAAGGGCCUUGAGCGCUCGUUGAUGUCAUCGCAGAAUCGGGAUGAUGAGAUUGAGUCGCUGCGGGAGGCACUUCAGGAGGAGCUCCAGGAGUAUUAUGAGGACUGGGACCUUGAGGUUCAUCUUUUUGGGUCGUUCGCGUCGGGACUCAGCAGCAACACGAGCGAUGCCGACUUUACCCUCUAUUAUUUCGACUGUGAUGUAACCGAGUUGGCUAGCGCACUCCGAAGUUUUGGAUACCAGGACGUCACUGCGAUCAAGAACGCCCGAGUACCCAUCGUGUCCUUCUACGACCCCGAGCACGAUGUCUCUUGCGACAUCAAUAUCGACGAGCCCAUGGGAGUCAUCAACUCGAAACUCAUCAACACCUACCGCAAAAUCGACGACAGAUUCCCAACACUUUGGUUCGCCAUCAAGCACUUCGCCAAGAGACACGACAUCCUCUCCGGAAGCACAGGCUACCUCUCCUCGUACGCCCUCACCAUGAUGCUCAUCGUCUUCUUGCAAGAUGUGACCAGGCCAGCAAUCCUCCCACGCCUACAGCAACAAGACUCUCACCGGAUGCUCCACCGCGACGUCGACGGAUGGGAUUGCUCAUUCGACCGCAACUGGAGCAACUACAGAACCUACAUGAACGACAAUACCAAAUCGGUUGGUCAGCUAUUGGUUGACUUCUGUUACCACUACGGAUACUCGUUCGACUACGCCAACCAAGAAGUCAACCCCAGUCUCGGUCGGAUCAAGGGCAGAAGCUACGAUCCGCCAGCGCGUAGCCGACGAGACAGGCGACCAAAGGAGUGGCCGAUUUGUGUCCUGGACCCAUUUAUUUACAACAGGAAUGUGGCCGGCAACUGCCACCGAAGAGCUGUCAACGAAAUUCAGGGGUGCUUCCAAGACGUCCACGAUGCCCUCAUGGCCAGCGAUAUCAACAGGGCCUUCCGACGAUGA